ACCGCAUUCCUAAUUCCGGCUGUGGUUACUAAUCCAUAUCGAUAGUUCUGGAAUGCUAACUAUAAGAAUAUAUAAUUCUCUUGGCGGGAUCAGCCAAGUUCUGCCAACAGAGUACCGUACCUGAGGUUAGCCAGAAUCCACCGGACAUGCUCCUCGUCCUAUACUCUGUCCCCGUCCUUGCCGCAAGGUCUCAACAACAUGUCAUCCACUCAGUCGCAACAAACCAUAGUCGUCGUUGGCGCCACGGGAAUCCAAGGCUCUGGCGUCGUUCGGGCAUUAUUGAGCGACAAAUAUGGUGGCCCUUGGCUUGUCCGAGCUCUUACCCAAGAUCCCAGCUCAGGCAAAGCACAGAAGCUUUUAUCAGAAUACCAAACUACUGACAAUCGUCUGAGCUUGGUGAGUGGCCAUGUUUACGAUGAAACAAGCCUACGGAGUGCCUUUAUGGGUGCACACGGCGUCUUCGCCAUGACCAGUGAACGGUACCCUGGUAAAGUUAUUACUGAAGAGGAGGAGUUGAAACACGAGAUCGAUGCAGGGCGUAACAUCAUCUCCGCUGCCAAGGAGUGCUGCAUCAAGCAUUUGGUGUUUAGCAGCUUACCUGAUACUGUCAAAGCGAGCGACGGCCAGUUCAAACGGAUACAUCACAUGAACAACAAGCAUACUAUUGAGCAAUUGGCAAGAAAGGAGCUUGAUGGCUUUACCUCCUUGAUUCCUGAGGAUGGUGUGGUACAAUUUUGUAUGCCCCUACCCGGGAAUAAAAUGGUCCAAUGGACGGAUCCUGCACACGACAUGGGAGCCUUUUCCGCAAGUGUUGAAAAGACUAAAGGGAAAACUUAUCUUGCUUUGGGUCCUAGGAUAACUCCCGAAGGCAUGGCGAAAGCUUUCACGCGCAUUACUGGAAAACCGGCCGUUCAUUCUCCAAUCUCGUUUGAGGAGUUCGGUCACUUGAGCUCUGCGCUCGUUGGCCCAGCAUUCAAGGAAGACGCCAUUGAAAUGAUGCAAUGGGCUGCUAUAGCUCCAACCGACAAGACCUGCUAUGGAGCCUUUGAGCUAGAGGCUGAGCAAUCUAGCGAGGAGCUAGGUCUUACUGCUAGCUCUUUUGAAGAUUGGCUGAGGCGUAGCGGAUGGACUGGUCCUUAG